AUGGCGUCGGCCGCUGCUCUUACCAGCCACGUGGCGACUGCGUGCGUGGCUCCUUCUGCCAGCCUGUACUCACGCUCAUCCAACGCGGUGUCCGCGAAGCCACUCGGGUUACCACUGCUACAUGCGUCGAAGCAGCAGCAGCGGCAAAGCAGGGCCGUUCACCGGCGUGUGGUCGUGAGAGCAGCAGCGGAGGAGGAAGGCGCUACAGCCGCCGCCGCCGAACCCGCCAAGGGCGGCAUUAAACGGGAAGAGGAGAAGUUUGCAGUGAUCAACACGGGCAAGUGGGAGUGCAAGUCGUGCGGGUACAUCUACGAUCAAUUCAAGGGCGACCCGUCUUAUCCCGUUGCUCCGGGUGUGGCUCUCACGGAGCUGCCUGACGACUGGCUGUGCCCCACGUGUGGGUCGGCGCCUUCUUCAUUCGGCAGCCUGAGCAAGGAGCUAGCGGGGUUCGCCCAGAACCAGGCCUACGGGCUGGGAGGCAACUCCCUCACCUCGGCUCAGAAGGGGCUGCUCAUUUGGGGGUCUAUUUUUGCCGCAUUUUUGGGCUUUGUUUCUGGGUACUUCCUAGAUAUUUCGACGUCUCAAAAGGCGAUAUCCGGCGAGAUGGUUGCAAUGGAAUCAGACCCGCUGGAGUCGAGAAAAAACCGCAGCGGCGACGAGCCGUUCGACUGCACCCUGAAAAUCAGCGGCACGCCUGACGAGAGCGCGUUUCCGAGCGACGGAAAGUACGAUUCCGAUUCGUCGUGGAACGCAGACUCUGAAUCGUCAUGGGUUCACGAUGUAUUGUCGCCGCGCAAGGCCCGGCAUUCCUCGUGCGUCCCGCAUCACUGCAGCUGUUUGCGAGUCGCAGCGGCCAUGGCGCUCGUCGUGCUUCUUACUGUUCCACUCAACAUGGACCAUUUCAGGACCUCAUCGCCAGAGUCUCUGGGUGUUCUCUCCUCACCAGCAGCUAGAGCUGUGCUCAUCGCUUCUCUCACAUCAGCCUCCUCCUCUUCUUCUUCCACCUCCUCUUCCUCAUCGCCCUCAUCCUUCUCCUCUCUCUUCUCCUCAUCAAUUCAAUCUCAUCCCUCUGCUUCCGCCUCCAAAUCUCCCCAACUCCUCUCGUGGUCCUCGCUGCGUAAGCAUGCGAGUCAGCUGUUGUCUCUGCCUGCUUCAGCGCAACAACUGCAGCAACAAGCCUCCGAGCCAUCUACAGUCCAAGCGCCCAACCCCACCACCGGCCGCACCGCAGUCUGCCUCACCGGUUCGGCGCGCGACUUCGAGCUCACCGGGCCUAGCAUCGUGGCUCGGCUGCUGCCGGGCCUGCGUCCGUACCGACCUGUCCUGUUCCUCGUGGCUCCCCUGGACGAGCACAGCCAUAAGCUGUGGGCGCUGCAAUGGGGGCUGGGCAAGGGGGAGAAGGGGGGUCUUGAGGAAAAAGGGGGAUUGGGGGAAAACGGUGUAGCGGGUGGGUUUGGACGGAACUUAAAAGAGGGGGUCGAUGGGGAGAGUGCGUGGGAAGGGGAUGUGGAGUUGGGUGCGGUGGAGAUGGGUGGGAGCGUGUGGGUGGACGGUGAGGAGGUGGUGGGAGACAGCAAGCUCUACAACAACGCAACAGCUCGGAGCAUGCAGCCUCAGCUGCAGUACCUACGACUUCCAGCAGCUGCUUCUGCAGAAGGAAGGGAGGCUGCAGAGGUAGCAACGGGAGCAAAAGAGGGAACAAACGCAACAGAAAAUGCAGAAGAUACAGGCGAUCAGGAGGAGGAAGAGUGGGUGGUGCCAUUUGGUUCGGACUACAGUGGAGUCAACGAUGCGUUUGGGAUGGGAUCUCUGGAAGCUGCCCGGAAGGUUCUCUCACGGCUCUCCUCGCUUCAAGAGCUCGUGAAAGCAGGCCUCAGCAACCUCUCCCCGGAGGCAACCCUCCAGGCCCGUAUAGAAUCCACAGGCGUCCACAUGGCGCGUGCUGAUUGGCCACUGUGCACCGUGAGCCACCAGACGUACAAGCACGGGCGGCAGGGGGGGGUGUUGGUGGCUUCGUUACAAUCACGCGCGAACCUGAACGGAGCAAAGUGCUGGCCCUGCACACCGAAAUACACUGGCCUGGAGGCUCUGUCGCACAUCGCUUGGGCGCCUGCCGCUAACAGGAUCCUCUCCCCCUCAGCCAACCCACUGAACUCUGGCAGCAACAGCAUACAACUCUGCCACACCUCCCACCCCUGGGAGCUUGCCUGGACUGAUAACUAUGACGCUGCUGCUGGCACGCGAUUGGCUGGCAUGCGAAGGGCUAUUUCGUCCACCAAUCUGAAGCAAUGCGUGCAGCUGAUGGGACAGCUUCAGCGCCAUACAGCCAGCUGGAGCGCCCCUCCCCCUGCUGCCAUCUGUGUGCGAUCACUCCUUGGCAAGAUAUCCCUCGUGGGCUCCUAUGGAAUGUCCUUUCCCACAGCCCUCGCUGUUAUCACUCCUAACAGCGUGGUGCUAUCCACCUCCCGCAGGUCCCACCUCCCCCUGCGUGAGGGGCAGUGGGAGUCACGCCUCUCCUCGCUCAUUCCAGGCCUUGCAGUGCAACCGCUGUCCUCCCCUCCCCUCGCCUCCACCCCUGCUGCUGUUCAUCUUAUCAAGUUCUCCUUGGAUGGGUCUGACCUGCCUGCGCUCUCCAAGCAACUAAAGGCCAAGUCUUUGCCACCCGCCUGCCAGUUACUCGUGGCAUUCCCCAAGCCACUCACCCAGAAAUGGCGUUCGAAGAUUUUCGGGCAGCUUGAGAGCUUGAAUAUUUUCUUGGCAACUUGUUUGAAAGAGUUUGGGGUAGAUGUAGAAAGGUGCCUUUUCUUCUCUGUGAAGCAUUGCACUACAUUAUUGCACGUGGAAGUAUAG